CAGAAAGUAGCUGUUUCUGGCAGAAGAGGGUAUGUUGUGAAGACUGUCAGGGGAGCUAAGCUCCUUGAAGAAGAAACAGGUCAUGUCCCCGGAGUUGGCUAAGUCCUGAGGAUGGACAGGAAAAGAAGCCAGGUGAGGACUGGUGGCCGAAGGAAGGAGUUGAACCUGAAGGCCCUCCAUCCUCUCAAACGCCCUUUGAUCAAUGCCAGCCAAGCUUCCUCUACCUGCCCCAUCUCUCCUGCCCCCCCCCCCCGUGCACCCGCCCUCAACCUACAAAUCUAGCUCCUUCCUCCAGGCCCCUCCGACACUUCUUCCCCUGAGCCCACUGUCUCCCAACACAUGGGAUCCCCCUCCACUCAAAUGUAGCCUCCUCUGGGGGCGGGGGAUCAGAAGACUCCGGGAUGCCCUGUGUCUCACUCAGGCUGUGCUGCCCCACUGCAGGGACCAGCAGUGUGGGUUAUGUUGGGAGCGCAGAUCACCGCAGACAAAUAGGAAAUCUGGACAGCACCAUGGGGGAGCGGCUGGAUGACUAUGAAGAGGAGCUGGAGAUCACUCUAGAACAGGAGGACUAUGAAGACCCAGACGUCCCCGUGUUUCAGGUGGAGGAGCCAGUGGCUCACGAAGCCGAGCCGACAGCCACAGAUUAUCACAUCACAUUGUACCCAGAGACCCACGAGGUCUAUGUGGAGUUGCACGAGCUGGUGAUGGAUGGGAAGAACCAAGAGCUGCGGUGGGUGGAGGUCGCGCACUGGAUGCGGCUGGAGGAGAACCUGGGGGAAGACGGGACCUGGGGCUGCCCGCACCUGUCCUACCUCACCUUCUGGAGCCUCCUGGAGCUGCAGAGAGCCUUUGCCAAGGGUGCUGUCCUCCUGGACCUGCCAGAGACUUCCCUGGCGGGGGUGGCCAACCAGCUGCUGGACAGGUUUAUCUACGAGGAUCUGAUCCGGCCUGACGACCGAGAGACACUGCUCCGGAUCCUGCUGCUCCAGCACAGCCAUGCCAGAGACCUGGAGGACUUGGGGGGUAUGAAGCCCACAGUUGUGACGAGUUCUGGGAACCCCUCAGAGCCUCUGCUUUCCCAGCAGCAGCCCUCGUUAGAGACGAAGCUCUUCUGUAAGGGAGAGAAAGACAUAGAAGAACACUCAGCAUCUGGAAUUCUGGAAAAGAUACCCCCAGAUUCGGAGGCCACCCUGGUGCUAGUGGGCCGAGCGCAGUUCCUGGCACGCCCCGUGCUGGGCUUCGUGCGGCUGAAGGAGGCCUCUUCGCUGGAGGAGGCCCCGUUGCUGGAGGAGGCCGUGCGGCUCCAAGUGCCCGUGCGCUUCCUCUUCGUGCUGCUGGGACCUGAGGUCCCCCGCAUCGACUACACCCAGCUGGGGCGGGCUGCUGCCACCCUCAUGUCGGAGAAGGUGUUCCGCAUUGAGGCCUACCUGGCCCAGAGCCGGGACGAGCUGGUGAAAAACCUGGAGGAGUUUCUGGACUGCAGCCUGGUGCUGCCUCCCUCCGAAGUCCCCUCAGAGAAGGCCCUGCUCGGUCUGGUGCCCGUGCAGAGAGAGCUGCUGCAGAGACGAGUAGGCACUGUCAGGCAGGAGCCCAGACUCUACAAGGGCCUAGAUUUGAAUGGGGGUCCAGAGGUCCCUGGUGCCCCGGAAGACCCUCUACGACGGACAGGCCAGUUCUUUGGGGGCCUGGUACGUGACAUCAAGCGCCGCUACUCCCACUACCCGAGUGACAUCACAGACGCGUUCAGCCCCCAGGUCCUGGCUACCGUUAUCUUCAUCUACUUUGCUGCCCUGUCACCGGCCAUCACCUUCGGCGGCCUCCUGGGAGAAAAGACCUUUAACCACAUGGGGGUGUCGGAGCUGCUCAUCUCCACUGCGGCCCAGGGCGUCAUCUUCUCCCUGCUCGGGGCUCAGCCCCUGCUGGUGGUUGGCUUUUCAGGACCCCUGCUCGUGUUCGAGGAAGCCUUUUUCUCGUUCUGCAGCAGUAACAACCUGGAGUACAUCGUGGGCCGCGUGUGGAUCGGCUUCUGGCUCGUCCUGCUAGUGGUGCUCAUUGUGGCCUUCGAGGGCAGCUUCCUGGUCCAGUUUAUCUCCCGCUACACCCAAGAGAUCUUCUCCAUCCUCAUUUCCCUCAUCUUUAUCUCUGAGACCUUCUUCAAGCUGAUCAAGAUCUUCCGGGACCAUCCACUGCAGAAGGAUUAUGACUACAAUGUGACAACAGUGCCCAAACCUCAGGCUCCCCUGCCCAACACAGCCCUCCUCUCCCUUGUGCUCAUGGCUGGCACCUUCUUCUUAGCCAUGAUACUGCGCAAGUUCAAGAACAGCUCCUACUUCCCCGGCCGGCUGCGACGGGUCAUUGGAGACUUUGGGGUUCCCAUCUCCAUUCUGAUCAUGGUCCUGGUGGAUUUCUCAGUCAAGGACACCUAUACCCAGAAACUCAGUGUGCCUAAAGGCCUCUCGGUGUCCAACUCCUCGGUCCGGGGCUGGAUCAUCCACCCACUGGGCUUGUAUUCGCCUUUCCCCAUCUGGAUGAUGUUUGCCUCCAUCCUGCCUGCCCUCCUGGUUUUCAUCCUCAUCUUCCUUGAGUCCCAGAUCACCACGCUGCUCAUCAGCAAACCAGAGCGCAAGAUGGUCAAAGGCUCUGGAUUCCACCUGGACCUGCUGCUAAUUAUCGGCAUGGGCGGUGUGGGUGCCCUCUUUGGGUUGCCCUGGCUCAGUGCCACAACCGUGCGAUCCAUCACCCAUGCCAACGCGCUCACCGUCAUGGUCAAGGACAGCACCCCGGGGGCUGCACCCCAGAUCCAAUCGGUCAGGGAGCAGCGGAUCAGCGGGCUCCUGGUCGCUGUGCUCGUGGGCGUGUCUAUCCUCAUGGGGCCCAUCCUGUCCCUCAUCCCCCUGGCUGUGCUGUUUGGCAUCUUCCUCUACAUGGGGGUCACAUCCCUCAGCGGCAUCCAGCUCUUUGACCGCUUAUUGCUUCUGUUCAAGCCGCCCAAGUACCACCCGGUCGUGCCCUACGUCAAGCGGGUGAAGACCUGGCGCAUGCACUUGUUCACGAGCAUCCAGAUCAUCUGCCUGGUGGUGCUGUGGGUCGUGAAGUCCUUCCAGGCCAUCUCACUGAUCCUGCCUUUCAUCCUCAUUCUCACGGUGCCUCUGCGCCGCCUCCUGCUGCCGCUUAUCUUCAGGGAGCUGGAGCUCAAGUGUCUGGAUGCCGACGAUGCCAAGCCGAACUUUGAUGAGGAGGAAGGUCAGGAUGAAUACAACGAGGCGCCCAUGCCCGUGUGAGGAGAAGGCCCAGGCCUCAGGGCCCCCUCCACCUUCCCGCCUCCCCUCUCUCCCAGGAAAAGCAGAAGUUCAUGGGUAUCUCAUAGACUGUCAUGUCCCUCCUGGGGUAGCAACUGGAGCCCUGGGGCUGUGGGUGGGGAUGGAAGGAGUGACUAGUAAACCAGCUUUUAUGGCUGGAGAUGGCCAGUAGGGCCCACAUUAGGAAAUUUGCUGUGUAGUCCCCUCCUGCUGCCACAUUGCCACGUGGGGUUCCCAAGCUGGAAGGCUCUGAUCCGAACCAACGUCUUCACAGCCAGCACAGACAGGGGCAGUGGCAGGGGAGGUGGAGGGGGUGAGGUUCAA